CAAUCUCGGUCGCUGGCGCAGCGUCUGCGCGGCUGAUUGGCUGGCCGACUCGCCACACGGAGGACCGCCGGCCUUAGGCCAAGAGCAGUCUCUCUGGUGCUUCGUCGAGGCAGUUGUCCGACGGUCGUGAGGCUGCCUGCCGCGAUGGGUUCCCGGGCUUCCACGCUGCUUCGGGACGAGGAGAUAGAGGAGAUCAAGAAGGAGACAGGCUUUUCCCACAGUCAGAUUACUCGUCUCUACAGUCGGUUUACCAGCCUAGACAAAGGAGAGAAUGGCACUCUUAGCCGUGAAGAUUUCCAACGUAUUCCAGAACUUGCCAUCAACCCACUGGGGGACCGGAUUAUCAAUGCCUUUUUUCCAGAAGGAGAAGACCAGGUGAAUUUUCGUGGAUUCAUGAGGACUUUGGCACACUUCCGACCCAUUGAGGAUAAUGAGAAAAGCAAAGACCAGAAUGGGCCAGAACCACUUAAUAGUCGGAGCAACAAGUUGUACUUUGCUUUUCGGCUAUAUGAUCUAGAUAAAGAUGACAAGAUUUCUCGAGAGGAGCUGCUUCAGGUUUUGCGGAUGAUGGUUGGCGUAAACAUCUCGGAUGAACAGUUGGGCAGCAUUGCUGACAGAACAAUCCAGGAGGCUGAUCAAGAUGGUGACAGUGCAAUCUCCUUUGCAGAGUUUGUUAAGGUUUUGGAGAAGGUGGAUGUAGAGCAAAAAAUGAGCAUUCGAUUUCUUCACUGAUGGAUCAAGGCCCAUUCCUUGUUGUCCUAAUAUUUAAGGAAUAUAGUUUGUUUUACCCUCUCCUGUGCAAUCCUGCUGGUGCGUGUGAGGUACAUCUCCAAACCCCCCUCAGUUUGUUCCAUCAAUGUGAACAUUCCUUCUGCAUCAGAACAAAGGAACGUGGCUGCAGUGCAGCUUGGAAUGGAACCUUGAAAUGGCCUUUUCCUCACACUUCACUUUGCUUUCUGGUUAUAAAUUAUUUCUUCCCAUGUUACUAUAAUCUACUAUUUUAUGAACUAUGACAACAAAAAUCUGACUUGGUAGUAUUUGUAUUCUCUAUUCAGUUUGUCUGGUUAACAAACUGUUUUCUUCUGUCCUUGGUUUUGUUUAAAUAUAGAUGUCUGCCACUCUUAACUUCAUAAUAAUGCAAGGCCAAUGGUUUUGUUUUCAGAAUUAAGGCUUUGGAGCUUCAUUUUGCAAGUGUGUCAAAUGUUAUGAAUUUGUCCACAGAUGUGGUAUGCCUGCCAAGAGAGUAACUUGCAGUUCUGAAAACAUAGUAACUGUGUACCUGAAUGAAACUAUUUCAUAGCAAGCUAUUUCUUAACUGGAAAAAGUUUAUUGCCUCUCUGCUGCCCACCCCCUGCCACCAGCUUUAUGUAGACUGUUUUGAUUUGCAUUACACUUAAAUGACUCAAAUUUCUUCCUUGUGCUUUUAUUGUUUUUCAGUGAAUGUUUGAAAUGCAUAAUUUUUGUUGCACAGCUUAUAAGUGGAAGGCUUUUCAUACCAAUUAUGCCAACUGGACCUUUUGUCUCCAACAUGCAUGUCAAAGUCCAGAUUUGAGUAGUACUUUGUCCCUACAAAUUAUGUGGGAACACUAAUGGUUUUAGGAAAAUUCUUAGCACAUGUGUACCUUUAUUACUUCAGAUUAUAUUUUGAAAGUUUUAUUUUAACCAUACACAAGGAUCAAGUAACAUUAUGAAAGUGAAUUUUGAUGUAAGCAGCACAAUACAGAACUGAGGGCUCAAAAGCAAUGAAUAUGAUGAUCUUUUUAGGCUGGAUUGUCUUUGCUGUUAGUAAACAAUUCUGUUGCACUGAUUAUCAAUGAACUUCGACAACCGUUUUUAACUGUGCAGUGUUGGCUUCCAAGAUGCAGAAAAAUACUCUGUGUAAAAAUCAGUGUUCAAAUGCUCCUGACCCCUGCUAUAUGCCAGCAUUUCUAUAAGUAUUGAGUGCAAGUUAAUCUAGUUUACUUAAAUCCGAUACAAUUCAAUGAUCCUUCAGAAUUGCACACUAUUUUACAUUUUAAAAAAAUGCAACAGAAAAUCUAUUCCUCCAGACAAAUUAUAAAGAUGGGAACAAGAUUAAAGGGUGAUUGCUUACAAACACUUUAUGAUUUUUGAUCACAAUGUAAACAUAGGAAUUUUAUAAAGAGAAGGAAAAUGAAAGUAACACCAAGUUGUUAGAUUUGUUUGAAAUGUGCUUAUUUGAAAAUAAGCAAUCUUCCUUUGGCUAUAGCGGUAAUCCACAGGUGUGCCUUGUCAGAUCUAUUAUAUUCAUCAACUAUCCAUGAAUAAAAUCCUUCAACAUAC